UUUACCAAGCGCCAACAAACGGAAAGAAAAAGACGGUUGUGGUGACAGCAGAGUGAGACCUCUCAGGAGAAGCUAGUCCACGGUCAGACAAGGUGUAAAGUUGGUGUUUCUUGUUCUAUCCUUGUAUCUGUCAGUCUGCGAGCAGCACCAUGUUUGCCGUCAGAAACGCUCUCCGCCUCGGCUCCAGGCUGUCCGUCCCCGCGGUAGCGAGGAGAGGCUGCUCCGGGGCUGCCAUCCCGGUGGAUGAUGUGGUGAACGGGCUCACCGACGACCAGAUACAGCUCAGGCAUGCGGUUCGUAAAUUCUGUGCAGAAAAGCUUGCACCUCAAGCUAACGAGAUCGACAGGACAAAUGAAUUUCCAGGAAUGCGGAAAUUUUGGCUAGAAAUGGGGGAGAUGGGACUCCUUGGGAUCACAGCUCCAGAGGAAUAUGGAGGUACAGGGCUGGGAUACCUCGAUCAUGUCAUUGUGAUGGAGGAAAUGUCCCGAGUGUCAGCAGCCAUUGCUCUCAGUUACGGCGCCCACUCUAAUCUCUGCGUCAAUCAGAUGGUGCGCCACGGCAACGAGAAACAGAAGGAGAAAUAUAUUCCAAAGUUAAUGACAGGAGAGCACGUAGGAGCGCUUGCCAUGAGUGAGCCCAACGCCGGCUCUGAUGUCGUAUCCAUGAGACUCAAAGCGGAGAAAAAAGACGACUACUAUAUUCUGAAUGGCAACAAGUUCUGGAUCACAAAUGGGCCCGAUGCCGAUGUCCUUAUUGUUUAUGCAAAGACAGAUCCCAAGGCCCAUCAAAAAGGCAUCACAGCAUUUAUUGUUGAAAAGGGAAUGCCUGGAUUCUCUACAGCACAGAAGCUUGACAAACUGGGCAUGAGGGGCUCCAACACCUGUGAGCUGGUCUUUGAAGACUGCAAAAUCCCAGAGAAUAACAUCCUUGGUCCGUUGAACAAAGGGGUUUAUGUGAUGAUGAGCGGCUUGGAUCUGGAGAGGCUGGUGCUUUCAGCAGGGCCCAUCGGCAUCAUGCAGGCCGUUUUGGACAACGCUGUUCCCUACCUGCACACCAGAGAAGCUUUCGGACAGAAGAUCGGACACUUCCAGGUGUUGUUGUUGCAGGAUUGUGCUGGAGUGAUCCUGUAUUGUGCAGAGAACGCCACUCAGGUCGCUUUGGACGGCAUUCAGUGUUUGGGUGGGAACGGCUACAUCAACGACUACCCCAUGGGGAGAUUCCUGCGCGAUGCAAAGCUGUACGAGAUCGGCGCAGGCACAAGUGAAGUUCGCCGGCUCAUUAUUGGACGAGCCUUUAACACCAUGUACAAAUAAUGGAACGCACUCAAAAACUCUACAAGAGGUUUUUCAUGAAUGAACACAGUUACUCACUCCCAGGGCCUUAAACUGAUGAACUGAUGCUGCUGUCAGGAUGUUGUUGGAAGCUUCCAAAUGAUUGUCACACAGGAUUUUAAAUUCAUUUCUAUGAAAUCACUCAGAGCUGACACAGAUGUUACAAGCUGACCCUUUUUUUUCAUACAAAGUCUGUAUUUUUAAUUGCAUUAACCUGAUAAUCACUGUAAUGCCAAUUAAGCCAUACAAAUAGGUAUUAACGUAGGUUUUAAUUUCAUUCUUAAAUAGUCAAUUUAUCUCCCUGUCUAGGUGACAAGGGAUCAAAAACUGCUGCUGCCUUUUUUUACUUCAACAAACCAUGUUGGUGUUUCAAGGGUUAUAAGUAGAAAUACUGUUAUAACAGUAAAAAAAUAAUAUGAACUGAUCAUUUUGAAGCUUACGACUGAGCAGGUGAGGGGUGGACACUGUUGCUUAGACACCACAACAUCGACUAAUUACUUUACAUGUCUUCCUAACAGUUGAUUAAAUAAGAAUUACUUUUUUUUCAUAUCACUUUAAUUAUUUCAAGAAAAUUGAGAACGGUUUCUGAUCAAUGAGGAAAUGCAUCUGAUGUCUGAGUAUUCUGUUGUAGAGAAUUAGCAUUAGAAAAAAAAAAGUUUGUCCAUUUUCCGGAGCAAAUAUAUUCCAGUAGUCAGUACAGUCCGACUGGAGCAACACUCCUACAGAUUUGUUUGUCUUCUCUUCUCUAAAGGACUAAAUGUAGCUGUACAGUGUGAUACAUGUAUGAUAUAAUGUAGUGUUUGACAUGAAAUAAAUGAACAAAUGUUUUAUUCA